UGACUCAUUUACUUUAUAGCGAGAGGCUCUUCUAGGUUGUUCUCGCCGUAGCAGAGGAAAGUGUCGCGAGAGCUGGUUGCCUUGGCUCCCUGUAGCUAUAGCAGCCGCGGCGGUUAAGAAUGCGGCGGCAGGAGGGCUCUCUGGUACAGCUGGCUAUUCGAGUCACAGAGGAAGAGAGGAGAAGAGACUUUCUGAAGUUCUGGGUGGAAUGAUAAAAGAUGUUUGGAGCAUAAUAAAAAACAGCAGCAGCAACAGCAAAUGCCCCACAUAAUUCAAACAAGCUUCUUUGCUUUAUGGAAUCUAUGUCAGUUGCUUAGAACUUGAAUUUUUACUUCAGGGAAUGAUGAGACAAGGCAAUAAAAAGAGGCAAGGAGGGUUGCAUUGGAUUCUUGCUUAUCUGUCUGCCUCUUCUUCCAGUUGGAAAAAUCUUCAAUCCACAAGAAGCAUUAUUAACAAGUCUAAGGAAUACAUCCUAUCCUGAUCCUGGAUUUUUUUGGAGUUGAGGAUUACAGCCACUUCAUCAGGAUUUUUUGAAAGCAGUUCAAGGAAAAUAGAAGGAAAUAAUACUCAAGGAUAUCUCUGUAUUAGUCCUGUGCCAUGUCAAAUUUUGGGCAUUGUUUGGAGCAAGUUGAAGACAGCUCUGUCAUGUGGAUCUAAGAGGAUACCUGCAUUCCUUGAACUACAUAUAUGAUGUUUAGAAGGUUGUAACUCAAAAAUCUUUCAACAUAUAUUAAUUGACUUCUGGAUUCUCUUUCUGUUAAGGACUUCAGCAGACAGCAACUCCCUCCCCAAAAGAUACAAAACCUCCUCUGUGUUUCCAGGAUAAAUGUGAACAAUAAUGUCUUGGAAGAGAAACUAUUUUUCAGGAGGCCGUGGUAGUGUCCAAGGGAUGUUUGCACCUCGAAGCUCAACCUCCAUAGCCCCCAGCAAAGGCCUCAGCAAUGAGCCAGGACAAAACAGUUGCUUCCUCAACAGUGCCUUGCAGGUUUUAUGGCACUUGGACAUCUUCCGGCGUAGUUUCAGGCAGCUUACAACUCACAAAUGCAUGGGAGAUUCCUGCAUCUUUUGUGCUCUUAAGGGAAUCUUUAACCAGUUUCAGUGUAGUAGUGAGAAAGUGCUUCCAUCUGACACUCUCCGCAGUGCUCUGGCAAAGACUUUCCAGGAUGAACAGCGCUUCCAGCUGGGAAUUAUGGAUGAUGCUGCGGAGUGCUUUGAAAACCUGCUGAUGAGAAUUCACUUCCACAUUGCUGAUGAAACCAAAGAGGAUAUAUGUACUGCCCAACACUGCAUCUCCCACCAGAAAUUUGCAAUGACAUUGUUUGAGCAGUGUGUAUGUACUAGCUGUGGCGCCACUUCUGAUCCACUGCCUUUCAUCCAGAUGGUGCAUUACAUCUCUACCACUUCCCUUUGCAAUCAGGCUAUUUGCAUGUUGGAAAGACGAGAAAAACCCUCACCAAGCAUGUUUGGUGAGCUGCUACAGAACGCCAGUACCAUGGGGGAUCUCCGGAACUGUCCGAGCAACUGUGGAGAGAGGAUUCGGAUUCGCCGUGUAUUGAUGAAUGCUCCACAGAUUAUCACAAUUGGACUGGUAUGGGACUCGGACCACUCAGACUUAGCAGAGGAUGUCAUCCAUAGCCUGGGUACCUGCCUUAAAUUGGGUGAUCUGUUUUUCAGAGUGACCGAUGACCGGGCCAAGCAGUCUGAACUGUACUUAGUAGGAAUGAUCUGUUACUAUGGCAAACAUUAUUCUACAUUCUUUUUCCAAACAAAGAUCCGCAAAUGGAUGUAUUUUGAUGAUGCUCAUGUCAAGGAGAUUGGGCCCAAAUGGAAGGAUGUGGUGACCAAAUGCAUCAAGGGGCAUUACCAGCCUUUGCUGCUGCUUUAUGCCGACCCCCAGGGUACCCCCGUGUCCACCCAGGACCUGCCUCCCCAAGUUGAGUUCCAGUCAUACAGCAGGAUGUGCUACGAUAGUGAAGAUUCUGGGAGGGAGCCCUCCAUCUCAAGUGAUACUCGAACAGAUUCCUCAACGGAGAGCUAUCCCUACAAACACUCCCACCAUGAGUCUGUGGUCAGUCACUUCUCUUCUGAUUCUCAGGGGACAGUCAUCUAUAAUGUGGAGAAUGAUUCCACGUCUCAGAGCAGUCGGGACACAGGACACCUGACUGAUAGUGAAUGUAAUCAGAAACUGACAUCCAAGAAAGGGUCUCUGAUAGAGCGCAAGCGGAGCUCUGGCCGGGUUAGGAGGAAAGGCGAUGAGCCACAGGCUUCAGGGUACCACAGUGAAGGAGAAACACUGAAAGAGAAGCAGGCUCCUAGGAAUGCCUCUAAACCAUCCAGCAGCACCAACAGACUAAGGGAUUUUAAAGAGACAGUCAGUAAUAUGAUCCAUAACAGACCAUCUCUAGCUUCUCAGAGCAACCUAGGAUCUCCCUUUGUGGGGAAAGGAGGAGACCAAGCGGACAAAAAACCUCCUAGGAACCUGCCUUUACAGUCUCGUGAUUGGGAAAUAGAAAGCACUAGCAGUGAGUCAAAAUCCAGUUCUUCUAACAAGUAUCGUCCAACAUGGAGACCGAAACGGGAGUCUCUGAAUAUUGACAGUAUCUUUAGUAAGGACAAAAGGAAGCACUGUGGCUAUACCCAGCUUAGCCCAUUUUCUGAGGAUUCAGCUAAAGAAUUUGCACAAGAUGAACUAAGCAAGCCACCUGCUUAUGACUUUAAAACUAGUGGGCCAAGCCCUCAAUACAAGCCUUGGGGCCCAGCACGGCCAGGCGCUCACGUUUUAGAGCAGCACCCGCGCCUAAUCCAGCGAAUGGAAUCUGGCUAUGAGAGCAGUGAAAGGAACAGCAGCAGUCCUGUCAGCCUGGAUGCAGCCCUGCCUGAGAGCUCGAGUGUCUGCAGGGAUCCAAGUGCUAAGAGAUCAACUGUGUUGGCACCUUCCUGGCGUCACAUCCCAAAGUCUCACAGCAGUAGCAUCCUGGAGGCAGACUCCGCAGCAUCCAGGAGUGGCUGGACAAAGAAUCAGCCACUAUCGGGUGGGGAGAUAUCUUCCAAAAGUGAACUGGAUGAAUUGCAGGAAGAAGUGGCCAGGAGGGCCCAUGAACAGGAACUUCGAAAGAAACGGGAGAAGGAAUUAGAGGCAGCUAAAGGGUUUAACCCCCAUCCUAGCCGCUUUAUGGACUUGGAUGAACUACAAAAUCAGGGGAGGAGUGACGGCUUUGAGAGGUCCCUGCAAGAGGCAGAUUCAGUAUUUGAAGAGUCGCUGCAUCUGGAACAGAGGGGAGACUGUGCUGCAGCUUUGGCUCUCUGUAACGAAGCUAUCUCUAAACUAAGACUUGCCCUGCAUGGUGCCAGCACUAGCACGCACAGCAGAGCCCUAGUCGAUAAGAAGUUGCAAAUCAGUAUUCGAAAAGCACGGAGCCUGCAGGAUCGCAUGCAGCAGCAGCAAUCAUCGCAGCAACCGUCGCAACCCUCAGCCUGCCUCCCCUCACAGGCAGGGGCCCUCCCUCAGCCAACAAGUGAACAGCCUGUCCCGCUCCAAGUAUUGUUAAGCCAGGAGGCCCAGCUGGAACCCUACAUGGAUACAGAGUUUGGGGCCAGUUCUUUCAUCUACUCAUCUGCUUCCUGCCAUGAAUCACAGCCAUCACUAUUCCCAGAGUCAUCUACCCAGUCUGCCCCACAGCACAAUUCCCUCAGUAGGUCUGCCUCGAACCUUCUUACUUCUGUUGAGGUAGAUAGCGUUGACCCCUCUGUGUUGCACAGGCAGUGCUUACCUAAAACACAAGGGAUGACUGAGAACUCUCAUCAUGGUUGGGAACCAUUAGAUAUACCAGAGGGUAAGCCGCAAAGCUACAGGGAUGAUAAAAGCACCUGCAACGGAUUCCCCCCUCAAGAAGGAAGAGGCAGUGAUCAAGAAGAAGUAUUCCAAGAAAAGAGGGAUCCUCUUGAUUCCUCCCAGGUGAUAGCUUGGUCACAUCCCACUGGAACAGCCACCUGUGAGAGAGAUGAUGUACACAGCCUAGCCUGUAGUUCUGCAAGUUCAUCAGCUCAGCCCAACCUUCUCCUUUACAGAGCCUGCCACCCUGUAAUGCCUGCUGCUUCCUCAUCUGUGUUUCACUCUCCUGAUACUGUGCAGAAAACUAACCAAUGCCUCCAAGCCAAAAGCCUCAAAACUUUGUUGACUUCAAAAGUGGAUGGAGGCAGUGAGGAGCCCUUUAAGCCAGAGUUUCUGGGCACAAAGGGGCGUGUCCGCUCUCUGGCAGAACAGUUUCAGAGGAUGCAAGGUACCACCACAAGGGAUGGUGCAGGUUGCCAGGACAGAAGUUUUCCACAUAGUCUAAGGAAGAACUCUUCCUCUUCUGACUCUAAGCCUCCCUUCCCACAGGGUCAAGGGAAAGGCCAUUGGCCUUGGGCAAAACAGCAACUCUCUUUGAAUAGUAGGGACAGACUGCCUUCCUGGGAAGAGCCUUCUGAUCAUCCUUCCCUUGCCAUGAACUCUGGGCUGCCCAAUGGUGAAACUUCUUGGGGAGGACAACCCAGGUUGACAGAACCAGAUAUGUACCAAAGGAAGCCAUCGCAAGCAAGAGAUGAUAGGCCCAAGGCGUUGGGGAGCAAUGUCGACUUGGGAACUUCCUUGCCUUUGGAUUCCUGGGUGAAUGUCACAAGGCUCUGUGAUUCUCAGCUUAAACAUGGGGUCCCUGGGCCAGAAAUGAAGUCCUCUCCACCGAAUCCCCAUACCCAUGUAGCCUAUCCAGACAGAAACCACAUUCUUUUGCAUCCACACUGGAACCAAGACACAGAGCAGGAGACCUCAGAAUUAGAGUCUCUCUACCAGGCCAGUCUUCAGGCUUCUCAAACUAGCUCUUCUGGAUGGGAGCAGCAGGAUGUGGCCUGGUAUCCACUUAGCCAAACAGGCUCUGCAGAUGGCAUUGGAAGGAGGUUGCACUCAGCCCCUGGCCUUGGUCUCUCAAAGACCCCAACAGCAGAAAUGGAGCACAGCCUCCAUGAAGCCAGCACAGUGUCUGCUUCUCAGGCUACACCUUGCCAAGACCCCAGCAGGAGUAUGGAGAAGAUGAUUAAGUACAGUACAGAGAAUUUUUGCUGCAUCUCAUGCAAUCUCAGUGGCACUGUUGCCUUACAGAGGGAGGAGGCCCCAGUCUCUUCCCACAGUGUUGAUUCAUCAAACGCGAGGAAAAAGGCUUUGGAAACCAGGCACCGUUGUUCCAGCUCCUCUUCCCUCCCUGUCAUCCAUGACCCUCCUGUGUUUCUCCUUGGUCCCCAACUCUACCCACCCCAACCACAGUUCCUGUCCCCAGAUGUCUUGAUGCCCAGCAUGGCAGGGGAGCCCUAUAGACCCCCAGGAACUUCAAGGAGUCCCCAGCAGUUUCUGGCUAUGUGUGACAGGGGUGAAACUUCCCAAGGGGUCAAGUACACAGGAACAACUUGGAACUAUCGGAGUCUCCCCCAUUGUUCCAGAACAGAUGCCUCUUGGGGACCACGGACAGAGGCCAACCAGCAUAUUGGGGCUAGAUUCCUGACUACUCCAGGGUGCAAGACUCAGCUAACCCACUCUGCCACACUACCAGAAAGACACCAGGGCCCUCGCGUUCCUCAUGAUCAGUCCUGGGGGGAUCAUUUCCAUUCACCCUCCCAUCCUCCCAUUGUUCACCCUGUGAACCUACCAUCAAACGGUUUUCUUGUACCCCUGAGGUCAGCUUGGAAUUCAGGUUCUGUUCCAGGGUCUCGAGCCCCUGGUCCUCGGAGAGUAGAUAUGCCCCCAGAUGAUGACUGGAGGCAAAGCAGUUAUGCCCCACAAUCUGGACACAGGAGGACAGGGGCACAAGAGUUCCUGUUUGUUCUAGCUGAUGCCCCUGGAAGAAGGCAGAUCAGGGCUAGGGCCCUGCAGCACAGUAGGUGGUAAGGGUCACCCCUUUCCUUUCCUGGAGCCACAGCUUUCUCUGUGAAACUAUUCUGUGGCAGAGUUCACACCCUACAUCCCUGCCAGGGUAGUGCUAGUCUCAUCUCAUCAUAGAGUUGGCAGUUUUUCCUAGGGAUGCCAGGAACCUCUAAUCUGAUGUGGCUCUUUCAGAAGGAAUAUUGGAAAUUCCAAUUUCCAUUCACCUAGCAAAGGGAAGCAGCUGCUAUUUAGGCCUUUAUUUCAGCCACUUUAAAGAUGAAUUCAUAUUACUCUGGACACUAGCCAUUCCUUAGAUCACCAUUUUAUUCCUGGAUACUUUAUGUCCGUACCUGUACUUGAGUCCUCAUCCUCUGUUCCUCUACUGUAUUACCAGCUUCUAUUCUUUGUUUUAUCCACCUAUCCCUAUUACCUGACUGUCUGUCUUCCCCAUGCCCCAUUUUUGGAGGGACAUGUAGCCCUAUGGUCAUUGUCCUGAUCACAGGGCAGUCCUCCUACCCAGGUAUUAUAGACUGUCUGCCUUCCCUGUGCCCCCAAAACUUAGGCCUAGAAUGUGGAGCUUCCAACAUAACAUUUGCCCUCUGAACAAAUGGAGUCAGGCACACUAAUACUCCCUUCUGUCUCAGCAGCAGAGUCAUUACUGCCACUUGCUCAGUCGCUGUUGUAAACCCUCAGAGUCAGCUGAACUAUUUUAGGGCCAAACAUACUGUUUUUGUAAAGUAUUUUUCAUUAAUAAAUCUAUAAGAUAGUUCUAUUUAAUUCCUUGUCAUUUAAUUGUCUUUUAGAGCCCUUUUGGGCUGGGAGAAGAUGGUGGCCGAGUAAGUGGAAGCUGAGUCCACUUGCUCUUGCCGCCAACUCAGAUU